GGAAAUUCUCUGCGGUGCCAGUACCCGUCGAGUACAUUUGACGGUGUUCGGCGCUUCUCUUAUCGCGGUUCCGGGAGUUAAGCUUAGCGGAACCUUGGCACGGUUGGAGGCCCCGGGCAGUCUAACUGUUAUUGUGCUUGGGUAGCUUCGGACGGGAAUGAACAACUCACCUUGUUUGUGAACUAACCCACAGUCGGAGGGUUUAUUCCUCAGUCGUUCAAUGCCUAACAUCUGGUAUAUCCGCGGCUGGCGGUGAUCAUGAUAUUACAAGCAAUCAAUAACGAUGUUUCGAAUUCUCGAAUCGCAGGCGCCGGCCAAACAAACGGCAACGGAUACAAUCAACACCCUCAGCAGUAGACUUCAAAGUGCGACGCUACUGGAAGACCGGCGAGCGGCAAUUCAAGGCCUGAGAAGCUUCGCGAAAAUAUAUCCUGCCUCUGUUGCAUCUGGUGCGCUGCGACCAUUGAUCAGCUGUCUCAGAAAUGAUCAAGAGGAUGUAGAUACGGUCAAGGUGGUCUUGGAGGCCCUGUUGAUGUUAUUUUCUCCCGAUGAGAGUAGCGUUGGUUAUCCUUGUUACUGUGUGUAUCAAUUGCGUAUACUGAUGAAUAUUGCACAGCCUGAAGCAUCUGAUGAAAUAGCUCUUUGGCUAUCCGAUGAGUUUACUCAGGUGUGUCACCCCAAUAUCCACUGGUUUCUUCUGUUGCUAACGGAGCGAAAGCGACAAGACAAUAUAACAGCUCUUCUUGACCUUCUUGAUACUCGCGACUUUUACUCCCGCUUAUAUUCUUUGCAAUUGAUAUUUCAAAUUUCUAGUGCGCGACCAGAGAGGACGCAGGAGUGUAUUCUAACAGCUCCGUUGGGCAUUCCAAGGCUAGUCAGUGCCCUGGGCGACGCUCGAGAGCCGGUUCGCAAUGGUACGCCAAGGAUAAACUCCGUGAAAUAGUUAUGCAACUAUUAGGGUCUCUUGUUAACAACCGUUUUGUUUUUAGAAGCCUUACUGCUCCUUAUUGCCUUAACACCUGCCUCGGAGGAGUUGCAAAAACUCGUUGCCUUUGAAAAUGCAUUCGAUCUUCUAUUCAACCUAAUUGAAAAAGAAGGCUCAUUGUCACACGGAUCAGAAGUCGUCGAAGACUGUCUCUCUUUGCUCGCGAACCUU